AUGGAAGACCUCAUAUUCAGUGCUAGGAAGAAGCGAAAGGUCCCUGAAAUUGACGACGACGAAACGAUCCUCACACCAAAGAAAGCACGAUUAAGGCAGGCAUCGUUUAGCCAUGCCACGCCGGCAAAGGCUACACAUGCAACGCCAGGUGUUCCGCCUUCCUCUUCCAAGUCGAAAAAUACAGAUCUACCCGAAGAGCUUAAGCAAAUAAUUUCUAUCCACACCGCACUCGAGCAAGCCAUGUCGGCUGCGCUAGCGACUGCGCAAAUUUCUCCUGACCCAGACACUGGACGUGUUCCAUCGGUCAUAAACCAUCUUUCUUUUCAGGAACGUGGCCUCGGUGUGCGGAUGAGUGUCGAAGAUCUCCAGAAACUGUGCUGGCUUUGGGAAUGGGACGGAGAGACAAUCCCAAAAGGCAUAGCAUCGCAUUCUGCAACUACAUCUAGCUCUUCAAAGAAGAAAAAGCAAUCAGAGAGUGCACUCGAUGACGACUCGGACACCGAGGGAGAAGUCAUGACAGAGGACCCUCAGAGUAACCCAUUCCUCACCAAACCUCCUAAAGAAGACAGGGAUAAUAACCCAUUCUUACCUUCAUCUAAUACUUCAAACGAGGUCUCGAAAGAAUGGAUGCGCGGAGGCUUUGGAUUUUGCAUAAAUCCCACCACUCACGUAACUCGAUUAGACAAGUCCAGUCCCACAAAGCGCGUGCCAGCAUAUGGCAUUGGGAUCGAAGUGGAAUGGUCACAAGAGGAUGUGGCUGGUAGACGUGUGGGUGGUAUGAGUGCCGUGGCAAGAUGGACAGGCGCAGCCAACAGACGCAAGCAUGAGCUUCGAGAAAGACUGGAGACAUGGAUGACGAUAACUUCGAAGCUAAAUGGGUCAAAAUACGUCCCAGUGCCUUUGGCAGAUCUCCCGCCUCUCGCAAAACCUCCGACGGUGUCUAAACUGGCACAUCUUAUUACUCCUCGGAAGCUGACCUUUCCGACUACGCUACCGACACCGUUAAAGGCACUAAUGGCUACACCAUCAUCUUCCCGCAAAGAACCUAUAGAAACGCCGUCAAAGGACUCUGGCGGCUUCAUGAUUCCAUUCCCAGUCGUGCCUGGAGAGAGACCAGUCACACCGCACGGACCUCGACCAGGAGAGCCCUCUUCGGGAUCUAGUGGCAUCGUCACACCCAGCAGUGGUCGAAGUCGAGGACUGCGUACGCCAUCCUUUGGAAAGGCUGCAGCCAAGCUCGCUGCAGCCUAUACGCCCACCUCUGACGGUCGCACAACUCCUACUUCGGAUGGCCGCACUACUCCCACAACUGGUCAUCGCGGAGAAUUACCCGUGCCUGUGACGCCUACUACUACCAAUUCGUCCGUUCCGAACACUGUGGAGACUCCUAUGAGCGCGAGGCGUGCAUCCUUGUACGAACGCAUGAGAGCCAAGAGCGAGAGUGAGGGAAACUCGGUGAAGAAGACUGCCAUCACUGCGUCUGUGCGGUCUGCGGAGAAGCAAUCUCAGGAAAAGGUUGUAAUGGUCGGACCUGAAGCACUCAGACGGCGUGCGAUCCUCAGUCGCUUGCCCGGCAUCGCAGAUGCCGUUUGGAUGUUGUUCUCUGCUACAGGGAGCAGUGGAGCCUUGUUGACAUCGUCCUCGAGGAAGAGGCGGGCACUGGAAAGAGGUGAAGUCAUUCGCGCCGUGGUCAAGUCGUCCAAGGGACCGCUCUCCGAAGCCGAGGCGACUGAAAGUUUGACGAUGCUUUGCGAGCUGUGUCCCUUCUUCUUACAGUCGAAAGUGAUCGGCGGCGAAAAUUGGUUGGAGAUGCCGGCGUCUUCAGGUCCAUCAACAGUAACCUCUGGAAGCCCCUCCCCUAGGUCGCCAUCGAAAACCACUACUGCUGCGCAUGGACCGCCUGGUUCUCCCAAUCGCCGGCCGACGAGCGCAGCACGCCUGCCGGGGUCUCCAUCCAAACGCCAGGUGAUCGAGGAAGAGCUACUGAACAGGAGCCCGAAACGCGUGAAGAAAGAGGAGGGCGGUAUCCGCGAUGUGCAUGAGAGGAUUCGGCGAGAACUCCAAGUGUAUGAAGACGACCCGUUCAUCUAG